AACUGAACAACGCUAUACAGAAUUUAAACUUUCCUGCUGAGUCGCAACGUUCCUCAAGUACCUCAGACGGAAGUGCUAUGGAUAAUCCACAUGAUGAUGAACAAAUAGCAGAAAUUAAAAAAGAACUGCAAACCAAUGGAUGCGUUUCAGCCGCUGCAAAGAUCCAGACUUAUUUGGACGAACUGGAUAAUAUUCAGCUAAAUAUUGCAGUCACAGGAGAGUCUGGUUCUGGUAAAUCCACCUUGGUUAAUGCCUUUAGAGGCAUACACAACAGCGAAACAAAAAAAGCUGCCCCUACUGGUGUUAAAGAAACCACCAUAAAAGUUACACCAUACCCCCAUCCAAAUUAUCCCAAUGUUACACUUUGGGAUCUUCCUGGUAUCGGCACCACCAAGUUUCCAGCUGACAAGUACCUGAAGCUUGUUGAAUUCAAAAGGUUUGACUUCUUCAUCAUCAUCUCAGCUGAUCGCUUCAGAGAAAAUGAUGUGAAGCUCGCUCAAGAGAUUCAGAAGAUGGGAAAGAAGUUCUACUUUGUUCGCUCAAAGAUUGACCACAACAUACGUGAUGAAGAAGAAUCUCAGGGGUCAGAGUUCAACGAAGAAGAGACCCUUAAAGAAAUAAGGGAGGACUGCAUUCAAGGUCUUAAAGGAUGUGUUCAGUCUCCAAAAGUCUUCCUGGUGUCCAGCUGUAAACUCCACCUGUAUGAUUUCCCUCUGUUAGAGAAAACCUUUCAGGAAGAACUUCCUGCACAGAAGAGGGAUGCUCUGCUGUUGGCUUUGCCCAAUAUCAGUCGAGAAAUAAUCAUAAAGAAGAAAGAAGCUUUACAGGCAAGAAUAAAGUACCUUGCCACUAUGUCUGCACUCGGAGCAGCUGUACCAGUUCCUGGGCUUUCUUUUGCUGCUGAUAUGGCCAUGAUGGUUACUACCAUUAGAAAAUACCAAGCUACCUUUGGUCUUGAUAGCGAGUCACUGCAGCGUCUUGCUCAGACUGUAGGUAAGCCUUUGGAUGAGCUCAGAUCAGUGAUGACAUCACCACUGGCUGGAAAAGAAAUAAACAAAGAUCUUAUCAUUAAGAUACUGUGCUCUUCUGUGGCUUUCCUUUCAUUAAUGACAGCAGAGGAAGGGUCUAGAUUUAUUCCAUUUUUUGGAAUCCCAGCAGCAAUGGGCCUCUCUUUUGUCUCCACAUACCAAUCUCUCAACAUGUUCCUCGACAUGCUUGCUGAGGAUGCACAGAAGGUAUUGGGUUUGAAUCUAUCUAUGAUAUCACACUGGGUUUGAACACCCCAGUGUGAUAUCAUAGAUAGAUUGGUCUUUAUUGUCAUUGUGCUCAAAGUAUAAUGACAAUAUGAUUUCCAGCUCUUCAGUAGAUUUAGUAAUAGUGACAAGGUUUUUGGUGGUGAGGUAGCAGCAUAAGGGGUUGUUAGUGUGAAUGAGUUAUGCAAUGUUUCAGUCUUUGGCAUUAUGGGGAAGACAGUCACCUUAUGGGAUUAUUAGGUGAACAUUUCAAACUUAGUCUGCAAAGCAAAACCAACACCUUGAGCAAAUAAUGACGCUAACGGUGUAAAUACUGAAUGUUAAUCUGAAUGAAAUGAAGGGAUUUGAAAAAUCUAAUAAAAUGUUCUUUGACAUUAGCUACAAUUUGUGAUUUUGUCAUAACAUGAAAUGAUUUGAAACUAAUUUACUUGCACUUGAUUCUUGCUUUUAGGAGUCUGUAACUUCAUGGUUGAAUGAACUUAAUGGA